AUGGCCUCUACCAUAACCUCCGCGGUGACGACGGCUUCUGCGACUGUGACGGUGUCGUCGCCAACGUCGCCCGCGUCGGAGUCGUCCUCGGCCGCUGAAUCAGAGGUCUACCGGCCUACCCACCCCAUUGCGCACCUCCAGGGCCCCUUCGAAGAGUCCAUCCUCGAGUCCAUCCACGGCUUCAACCAGCGCGUCCUCUCCCCGCCGGACGCUGUUACCCGGCGCAAGCAGCUCCUCCAGAACCCCAAGUACCAGCGGUCAUGUUCCGGCAAGUGGCAGCAGCGCGCCGGCGAGAGAUACCACCCGCUCUGGAAGAUCAUGGCCCAGGUCUCCUUUGGCAUUCACCUGCUGGCCACCGGCUCGGCCAGGUCGGAGCUCGAGUCCGUCCAGAUCCUGCGAGUCCACGUCGCGGAGAUCGAUGGCUUCGUGCGCCGCACCAUGGAGGACUACCAGCUCGCCCACGAAGACCUCACCGCGCGGUUCGAUCUGCUCGCCGUGCCCCUGGCCAACCUGGACGUGCUCGACUCAAUGCUCGGCGACGAGUCCUUCAAGCUCUUCCUCAUCGACUGCAUCGGCAAGAUAAACCAUGUCGUCCGCCGCUCGGAGAUUGCUCUGCAGGACUCCCUCAAGGAUCUCAGAAAGGCCGCAAUUGCCGUGCGCACCGUCAAGGACUACCUGAACAUCAUCCCCCAGCACCAGCACACCUGGUCGCCGUCCUUUGGCGGUGUCUACGCCGACAUGUUCCAGCGUGUCGGCCUCUGGCUUACCAGUCUGUCCAACCUCCAGGCCCAGGGCGUUCGCCUAGUCGAGUUCCUCGUCAAUCUCUCCUCUUCCAUAUCCCGGCUGCGACUGAGGAUUGGCCUCAACCAAGCUGGCAGUGCGCGUUCUUUUACCCUCACGCCGAACAUGUUUCCUCCACCACGGGCCGCUGUCUCCAUGGAGAAUCUGCAUCAGUCCCACCAGCGAACCUCCUACGUCGACAAGCCUCUUCCGGACAUACGGCAGAGAAACCGCUCGAUCCUCUCUCUCAAGCGCUUUGGCGCGAAGUUACAGCACCGAUUCUCCUCCGUCAGCAACCAGCAACAGCACUCCUCCCCGACACCCUCCAGGACAAACUACUCUACUACCACUGGCUCCCCCAGGCCGCACUCUCCCGUCCGAGCUCCCUCUUCUCUAGCUACAUUCCCCUCUCCAUCUACAAUCAGCAUACACACCACCACCCCCGACAUACCAGAGCUACCAGAACUCGUUGGCUCCCAUCCUUUGCAGCAUCCCAACAUCCCCGAACUAGCGGGAUCCCCCCUCAUACAUUCAAAUAUCCCCGAACUGCCUGGCUCGCCCCCGAUCAAGUCGCAGCUGCUAAAGUCGGUUGAACUCGGCUCAUCUCUGGGCGAAAUCCCGCGCGACAGCAUCGACUCGGGCGCCCGCACCUUUGCAUACGAAAAUGUCGUCUCUCUCCCUGAAUUCGAACGUGGCGCUCCUCUAUCUUACAUCGAGAAACACUUUCCUGAACUCGCCCUGUCAGACAUCCCCAUCCACCAAUGGCCCACCCAAUCCUUCAAACCUCGCCAGCGGCCCCUGACGCCAGCCCAGCUCCCGCGCCGAGAAACUACAGCUAAACUAAAGCCUUUCCUGCGCGGUCUCUUCUCAAAGUCCUCGUGCGUGCAGCCCACAGUCUCCGAGUCAAACUCAAUAGAUGAUUGCUCGGAAAAGUCGCCCGUAUCCACUCCCAGCGAUCCUUCGCCCAUCCAGAGGGCCAAGCACGAACCGCCGAAUACCAUCUCUAUACGCACACUGACCAAUAGCGAACCCCGGCUGCCGCUUCCUUCAUCAAUUUAUAAUCGAGAUACCCUCAACAGCUGCGACACUCCUUCGCGCUCGCCUUCUACCGCUUCCAGAGCUACCGUCCUCACCACGGACGGAUAG